GCGCUUUCAGGUGUUAAAAUUCUUAUUUGAAUUUUAUUAAUUAAUCUAAUAAGAACGUUAAAGUAAUAAAUAAAAGUAGUGUGUUAUUAACUUGUUUACAUUAGAGGUGUGAUUUUGGUUUGAAGCAGUGACCAGCUUUGAUUAAACAUUCAGCAAUUGUGAUUGGCCUAUUUAAGCCGCAUUCACGAAUUGGAACAAACGUUGUUGCACGUCAGAGCAGUUCACUUAAGCGGCAGCGAAGAAAGCAAAUCACGACAAACGAAAAUAAACGCUUAAAUAAACAAACAUUUUUUUAUGUUUUUUAAAUUAAAUAGUGCAGAAAAAGACAUUUUACUGAGAGCAGCAGGUUUCUUAUAUCUAAGUAAGAAGAAAGCCUACCUGUAGAAUUGAAGUGAAGCGUGUAUGGAAUUUGUGAAAAGAGAAAGUUGGCUAAGAUAUUGUUAAAGCGCUCCAAUAAGGAAGUACACGUAAUACAGCAAAUCAAGUGACACAUCAUCAUGUUAAAAGCGAACGCAACGGAGUCCCACUCCACUUCUGCAGUAGCGAAUGGGAAAUCAUUGGCUAACGGUAAACCUGUUGCUAAUGGUAAAAAUGCACAACCUGAAGCAAAUACUAUGCCACCACAGAAAUCAGUUGUAAUCGCCUAUAUACUUUGGCUCUUUGGUGGUAUUUUUGGACUACAUCACCUGUACUUGCAUCGCGAUCGACAUGCUUUCAUCUGGUGGUGUACACUGGGCGGUUAUUUCGGUGUCGGUUGGUUGGCUGAAAUAGUCUUAAUACCGGAAUAUGUACGUGAUGCUAAUGAGGAUCCAACUUUUAUUAAAUCAUUUGUGGCGAAAUUGCAAGCAAAUCAACGACCGCCCUACUCGGCUAAGCGUUUUGUGGGCGAAGUAAUGAUUGGCUAUCUCUUUGGACAGGUGCUGCUCAUGGCCAUACCGGAAACUAUAUUCGCUGGUAUUGAUUGGGGUUUUCUACAUUGGUUUAUACCGGUAUUUGUUUCUUUGGGCGUCUGGACUGUGGGCAAUAUCGGACGCGAACGUGGUGUUUGGUGGCAAUGCUUAAUCGGCGCCGUUGCCGUAUAUCCAGCACGCUAUCUAAUUUAUGACGAGACCUAUUCAUUGCUGUUGACUGCGCUGGUUUCGGCGCUAGUUUUCGAUACUUAUUCCAAACAAUGGUUGCGGACACCACCGAAACGUCACGGCGCUGGCGCACGGUCGGUGAAAUUGACAGCUGCCUUGCUGCUUUACUUUUCAUUAUGGGGAUGUUUCCUUUAUUUCAAUGGCACAAUUACGGAUGACGAUGGUGGUGAAGUGCCGAUACAUGAAGCUUUACAAAAUUUCCUUACAUCAGCUUGGUGGACAGAUUUCACACAAGCCCUUUCGGAUACAUAUCAAUAUGCACAGCAUCAUGGUUGGUAUGAGACAUGGAAGGAAAUUUUCGAAAGUAUGGACGUGGAUGGCGAACGUAAUUCGUACAAGGUGUUAGGCGUCAGUGCAACAGCCUCACAAGCCGAAAUUACAUCAGCUUAUCGUCGCCUAUCGAAGGAAUUCCAUCCGGACAAGGUCAAAGAUGAGAAAUUGAAAGCGGCUGCAAAUCAACGAUUUAUUGAAAUACAACAGGCUUAUAAUGUGCUGAGUAAAAUCAAAUCGAGUCGUCGUCGUAAGAACAAAAAGUCGGUUGAAGAUGAACCGAUUGUUUUAUAAGAAAAAAAAAAUGUUUGCUGAAACAUACCCAUAUUACGAUAAAUAUUAUUUAUAAUUAAGUAUGCAUUUAGUUAAGUCAAUAACUUAAAUUAUUUAAUUUAUUUUAUUUAUUAUCGACAAUGCCCAGUUUAUAAAAAUAUCAAUUUCGAAUAUUUAUUAAACAUGAAAUUUCAUUUAAUUUAUUUAUUAUCCU